CUGAAAACGAAAAUUGGAGACCUUUCUCAUAAGUAAUACUGAGCACUGCUGCCACACCACACUACACUGCUGCUCCAAAGAAAAAUCAACUGCCAAAUCUUACUCCCAUCCCAUAAGCUCUCAGCCCAGAUUAAAAAUCUGCUCAGAUUCUUUCCCCUGUAAUAGUUUACUUCCUUUUGCUUCGGGUCACGAUCUCCUUCGCUCUUCUCCCCGAGGAGGAAGGCCGGCUUCUUGUAUCCAGCGUCUUGUUCUCCCCACCCACCGACAACCGCGACUGCGCGUCCACGAAGGCACCAACGCACUCGCCAACCCAAUCAUUCCCAAAGACUUUGCUUCCAAUGUACUUCAUAUCAUCGUCUGAUUUGUUGGAUAAUUCAGAGUGAAUCACAGAGAGAGAAAGAGGGAGGUUUGAUCUCCAUCUGGUACAUAAACUGUGAAGAGCUAGCCAUAAGUUCAGUCUGUAUCCAGUGUUGCAGCAAUGGUGCUAGGCCUCCGAACCAAGACGAAGAAGGAUUCUGCCUUCCAUGUAGAUUUCAAUAUCCUCAUCCAAGAAAUCAGCCCAUGGCCCCCUUCUGAAUCCCUGAAGUCUUUGCGCUCUGUGGUUCUCUUUUGGGAAAAUGGCGAGUGCAAUUCAGGGAAGACAAGCACUGUUGCACCUUCAAUUGGGUCUGGUUCUGCAGCGGGGAAGAUUGAAUUCAAUGAGUUCAUAAGCAUACAGGCUGUUUUCCAGAAAGAUGGGUCAUCCAAGAGUGGUAAGUGGCAGAAGAACCUGUUUGAGUUGAAUUUGUAUGAACCAAGGAGGGAUAAGCUGAAGGGCCAGCAUUUGGGAACUGCAAUACUGGACCUAGCGGAGCAUGCGAUGUUUCAUGAGGACACCAGUGUUCCUGUGCCUCUCAACUCCAAGAGGAGCUUCAAAAACAAUGCCCAACCCAUGAUUUACCUCCGAAUCCAGCCUUUGGAUGGGGAUAACUCGAGUGUUUCCUCAAGAGACGCAUUAUCAAAAGAGGCAUCAGUUGAUAAAGAUUCAAAGGAAUUGAUUUCAGCAACAAUGAGUGAGGAUUACACUGAGGAUACUGAGUUUGCUUCCUUUACUGAUGAUGAUGAGGAAGCUCCAUACCCAUACCGCUCGGGUGGGAAUUCUCUUACAGGUAGUGAUAGAUCUCAGGAAUCUCUCAAGGGAAAGGAUAUUAGGAUGGUUGGUAAUGAAGGCACCAGCUCAUCAUUGGAUUCCCAUCGUGAAGUGACAUCAUACAGUACGAAAAUGAGGAGUGAAGAAGUUGAAAAGUAUCCAAUUCAAGUCCAAAAGACAAAUGGCCAUCCAGGGAGUCUGUCUCUAUUAUCAGAUUUGCCAAGAGAACAAACUCCAUCUAUUCCACCACACAAUGCGUUCAGAAGCGGUCGUAAAAUGUCAUUUGCAUAUGGUAUGACCGAAUCCAACCAAAGACACUUUGGGGAGAGAACUUAUAGCACUUUAACUACUGAUAGAGCAAAGAAUAUGAGGUUCAGUAUGAGAGUUCCUGAUGUUAAUGGAAGCGUCAUAAAUAAGAAAGUUGAUCCCCAAAAGGAGGAAGUGAAGGAUGUUGAUUCCCAGGAUAUUGCGAUUGCUCAUGAGAAUAAGGUCAGUGCUGAUAAUAGAUUGCAAGUCCAGGAGCCAAUACGCAUUUCAAAUAAUCGAAAUGACAGCAAAGUUCGAGAACUAGAACUUAAGGUUGAAUUGCUUGAAGCUGAGCUACGAGAAGCCGCCGCCGCUGAGAUAGGCCUUUAUUCGGUAAUUGCAGAACAUGGUAGCUCAGCAAACAAGGUCCAUACACCAGCACGAAGGCUCUCCAGGCAUUUUGUUCAUGCACUAAAAAACUGUUCGAGAGACAAGAUGGGAAGUGCAGCAAGGAGUGCUACCUCUGGGCUAGUUUUGGUUGCAAAAGCUUGCGGAUAUGACAUUGCAAGGUUGAGUUUCUGGUUGUCAAACUGUGUGGUACUGCGAGCAAUUGUUACUGAAACUUCUAAGCAAUCAGGCUCUACAAAUGGCAUCAGUUCUGCUGAUUAUAGUUCCAAAGCAACAUACAGGAAAAAUUCUGCAUCAAUGUGGGAGUCACUUAAUAGGAAGAAAGGAAAAUUACUUGCCCCUGAGUUUGAUAACUGGGAAGAUGUCGAUACAUUUAUAGCUGCACUAAAGAAGAUUGAAUCAUGGAUAUUUUCACGAAUUGUUGAAACCCUUUGGUGGCAGACAUUCACACCACAUAUGCAAUCUGCCCAUACAACCAGUGACUUGAAAACUAGUUCGAAUGCAAAGAAAAGCUACGGAAGGAUUACUGUUGUGGGCAACCAGCAACAAGCAACCAUAUCGAUGGACAUAUGGAAGAAGGCUUUCAAGGAAGCGUCAGAAAGGCUUUGCCCAGUAAGGGAAGCUGGACAUGAGUGUGGAUGUCUGCCUAUGUUGGCCAAAUUGGUGAUGGAGCAAUGCGUCGCUAGAUUGGAUGUAGCAAUGUUCAAUGCUAUUUUGCGCGAAUCAGAUGAUGAAAUUCCUACAGACCCCAUGUCUGACCCAAUAACUGAUCCUAAGGUUCUUCCGAUCCCAUCUGGGAAAUUCAGCUUCGGUGCUGGGGUCCAACUGAAAAAUGCUAUUGGCAGCUGGUCUAGAUGUCUUUCUGACAUGUUUGGUAUGGAUAUGGAUGACUAUCCAGAAGUUGAGAAUGUGGAUGGUGAAACUGGCUUUGCUGAAUCCCGCAAGCCAUUCUAUCUCCUGAAUGCAUUGAGUGAUCUCCUAAUGCUCCCCAAGGAUGUGCUCAUGGAUACCAGUGCUAGGAAAGAGCUUUGUCCUACCUUUAGUUCAUCAAUCAUCAAGAACAUCCUUGAUCUCUUUGUACCGGAUGAAUUUUGCCCAGAUCCAAUUCAAGAUUCUUUACUUCAAGCACUAGAAUUGGAGGACCACCUGCAGGGCAACAACAAGGGCAUACGAUCGAUCCCAUGCAGUGCAUCGCGCAUCUUGUACAAUUCACCUGCAUCUGGAGCAAUACUAAGCGUCAUCGGCGAUCCAAGGAAGAGUGGAUCAGCCAUCCUCCGCAAGUCCAACACGAGCGACGACGAGCUCGAUGAACUAAGCUCUCCACUGACCUUCAUCUCCAACACGUCGUCGAACCCGCUUGCGAAGCUGAAGCGGAUCAACAACUCGAACAUCGCAAGGUACAGGCUCCUCCACGAGGUGUGGAAGCUGGAUGACCAGUAGCAACCCGUCCUCGCCUCACCAUGUUUUUCUCCUGUAAAUAUGUGUAAGCUUUCCAUUUCCCAUAUGAUUCCAGCUCAUGUGCAAGAUUUCAGUUUUCGUAUGUUGUCACAAGCAAGACCAGAGGGGGAAGAAACUACAAUGCUUGAGUUUUUAAUAAAUUCGGUUUGCCUGAUUGCAAAACUGUUGUAUAUUCUCUCAGAUGUGAACUAUUUGUCGUUCAGAAAGAAAAAAAAUGAGAAUUUUGUGUGAUCUCAACCGUUCAAUGGAUCCAUC